UUUGCAUAGUGAGAUAUGACCGAACUUUUGACUCUAACCUGUACCUUAUUUGCCCAGCUCAGCUCAGAGACGCGCGGGUUGGUUGUGUACCAUACGUGGACUUGUCUGUUGUCUCCUUGCUAUACACGUAGGCCAAUGUGGUUUGCAGGUCGCUUGUCGUAAUUGAGCUCGCUAUUUGUGCACCGAUUGUCAUAGCAGUACUUACUUUCUUUGGAAUACUCGAUCUACACCUAGUUUAGAAUCUUUGCAAGAGUUCUUCAGAAAAGUGAGGUAUCUCAGGUAGCAUAGUUCUGCUUACAACAAGCUUCUUUUCAGUUAGGGUGACCAACAAGCAGGCUUGAAGAUGAGGUUGAUACAAAUCGAUUACUCCCAGGAUAGCCUGUUUGGCAAGAAGGUGUGUAACGAGAAUGCAGCAUUCUUCAGGAAACAUAAGGAAUCUUACAAGAGGAUGAUAGUUGAACAGGGGCGCCACUUUUGGAUUUACUUCUCGGUUUCUUUCAAGGCAUAUUGCUUGAAUAAUGGUAUCCUUGAAAUUUCAGGCAUUUCCAGUGAUAUGACAUUUACCAACAUGAUUGAAGAAGUGCUGGAAGUGACUGAUCAGAUGUUAACAAAUGGGCAUGUCAAGGAUGGCUUGAAGUUGUGUGAGGAUCUCAUCACACUGUUCCAGUACAGAUCCUUCAUUGAUGAGAUCCAGUCUCAAACAAUUAUGACGAACCCUUUCUACAUGAGGGAUAGUGAAGACACAUUCCGCAGACUGUUUGGGAAGCCUAUGGAAGAUAAGACCCUGCAUCUUAUCAAGGUGGUCAAGACCUUGCAGUUUCUGCUUCAUUUGGGAGGAUGUCUUUUUGAGAUGCUGCGCCUAUGGCUCCAGGCAGAAGAGUGCAAGCAAGACGUCACAUUAUACUGGAAGCCUCCCCCUGAGAAACCCUUUCACCUGUUUGGAGACAACUCACCGACCCUGGUUAAAGCAUGCACUGUCAUCAAUAAAUACGAGAAGUCCAUACUUGACAAGACAAUGUAUGCACUCCAAGAGGAUUCGAAAGAAGGGCGCAACCUGGUGAAUGUCAAGAUUGAGCACAAUUCAGAGGACAGUGGGGACGAUGAUCCGGUGAAGCAGCGUUAUAAAUCAAAAAAGCUUAGUAUUGUAAUUGAAAAUGAAGACACAAAGGAAGUAAAGAAGAAGGUGAAGCUGAAGUACCCAAGAUGGAACACAACUUCUUACUCGCGUCAUCCUAAUGAAUGUCCUGGGUGCCAUGACCAUCUUGAGUGUAUCCGCAAGCAGGUCAUAGGUCAGGGUUUCGUCCUUCCUCAAGUCUUUGAGGUCCACUACGAACCCAAUUUCCAUGUGAAAAUAAGGCAUUGCAGUCACUGCAAUGAAAGGAUGCAUGAAUGUGAGAGUCCUUUGCAUCAUAAUACAGGUGAAACAGUUCAACGUCCCAUGAUUCCCGUCGCGAAGCGCAAGGACAAAGGAGUGACACGCACGGCUCAAAAGCAGAUGGCAAAAAAAGAGCGAAGGAUUCAAAGAAAGAAACAUGUAGGAAAGGAGAGUUUAGACAAACUGGAAGCAGAGGGUCUUCAAAAAUUUGUUGAUGAAUGCAGAAAAGUUCCUGGUUUUAUUGAAGAGUUGGAGAGAACACAACCAAAGAAAAUCGUGGGAGUUUCACUACCUAAGCGACGUGUGAAACCACCUAUGCCCAAUCCUAAAGCAGGUGCAUGCCGAAUACGAAUACUAGACCCUGGUGGUAACGAAGCGGAUGGGGAGCAAAAUAGGAAGAUUGAGAAAGAAAUGAAGAAAAAGAUAGAAAUGAGUGGUGCGGGUGAAUACAAAGAAUGUUAUUUUGAACCAGAAAAAGAGAGCGAAGAUGGAGACAUAGAGAGCAAAGAUGAAGAAAACAAACAGUGGGGUAAAGAACCCCAAAGAGCUGGGGACAAAGAGAAAGAAAACAAAGGAGAGGACAGUGAAAAUGCGACAACGAAUGUAGGAAACGAUGAGACUCCAAAAGAAGAGGAACAGCCACCAGUUAAGGAGGUGGAGCAGAAGGAACAAGUUCCUGGUAAAGAGAAGGAGCAGAAUGAACAGCAACCAGAUAAAAAGAUGAAGCAAAAGGAACAAGUUUCUGGUCCAGAGAUGAAGCAAAAGGAACACAUUUCUGGUACAGAGAUGAAGCAGAAAGAACACAUUCCAGACACAGAGAUGGAGCCGAAAAAACAAGUUCCUGGUACAGAGGUGAAACAGGACAAUCAAGUACCUGAUACAAAGAUGACACAAAAGGAACACGUUCCUGGUACAGAGAUGAAACAGAAGGUACAAGUUCCUGGUCCAAAGCAGAAGGAACAAGUUCCUGCAAUCACCAAUCAACCUGCUGAAGCUGGAUGUUGCACUGCUCAGGAUGAAAGAAAAUCAGUUGACAGGCUGAAAGAUCACCCUGCAGAAGCGUCCAAGGAAACUACUAAAAGUGUUGACAUAGGGAUGUCUGAUGAAUUCACUGAGAUGAAGAUUAGUAAUCUGAGACAGUGUGCCUUAUGCGGCAAGCAUGAGGACAAGCCAAAGACUUACAAGAAAUGCCAGCAGUGUCGUCAACAGAAGAUCAAGCCGGGAAAGUACUACUGCAGUAGAGAUUGUCAAGUGCAAGACUGGAAACGACGUCACUGCCAGGAGCAUCUAGAGAGAGAUAGGGAGGCCGAGAGGAUGCAGUGUAAGGGUGAUAACAACGGUGAGCUAGCUAUGGAUCAGAGGCGUGAUGUAAACAAAGCGGCUUUGUUGAAUGAUGUAGAAUAGGCCUCAAUUCAAAGAUAAUUGAAACGAAGGGCUUAAAGUUGAUGUGGAAGAAUCUUACUUUUGUAAACCACAAAUAUGAAAAUAUGUUUCAUAUAAGGGCCUUUAAUAUUUUCUUGGGCUUUACUCAGAAAAAAAUGGUACAUUCUUUGCACUUUCAUUGUAUUUUGGCCAUGCAUAAUCCUUAUGUAAACCGUAUUAUCAAAAUUAUACUGCAAUCUUGAAGAAAUUUGCCAACUAUAUUCUUAUUUUUAUAUAAGGGCUGCAUGACCUGUAGGCUCAAACCACCAAUAAGCAACUCAAAUUCACUGUUAUGUUAUGUGUUAUGUUAAAAAAAACCUAGACAUUCCAGGGUUUUCAAAAUCAUGUAACACCUGUAGUUCUAGUGGACCUUGUACCAAGAGCAAUGAAGCUUUCGGGUCAAGUGUAUUGAUCGAUUGAUUGAUCGAUUGAUUGAUUUUAUUAGUACUUGUUAUUAGUACUUAACAUGCUGGGGCAGUAUUGAAACAAUUGUUGUUAAACUUGUAGUCAUAUUGAUGUGCAUAUGAAGCAAAUAUCUUUACUUUUUUGGCUAAAAUUUGAAUUGAUGUAUUUGUACAUGUAUAUAUCUUCUUUGUAGUGCAUAUAUAAUGGGAUAUACAAAGGUUAUACAUUUGUAAAUAUUAAUUACAUCAUGAAGCAUGUGAAUCAAAAAUUUAAUUGAUUUUUUUUUCCCUUCACAGGUAUGUAGAUGGCAUUUUUAAUGUUUGAAUGUAUGUUCUCUGAUGUGCCUUGAUAUUUUAUGACAUUUUAUUGACAAUUCUGAAAUACCUUCUCAUCUAGAUGUUAUGAUCUCGUGAAUAUCAUGAAUGUAUAUAUUGUUUUUAUUUCUUGGUGAGUAAAUAAAGUUUACCUUUCAUUUUUAAAUUCCACCACCCAGAUAUUAAGUUUGUCUAACACAAGGAUAACUAACUCGUGUAGUUGAAGCUAAAUAAAAGCAAAAUGGAAUCAUUAGUGCAAUGUAAAUAAUGAAAUAAUCUGAUUCUCUAUUUUAGUCUAAUAUUAUAUUUGCAAUCAGUGAAGCAUGAUAAAUUAUGCGCAUUUAUAUUACGUGUUCUUACUUAUGCCAAGAUUGCAGUACUAAGUUUUUCUAACCUUGAAGCAAGGAAAUUUGUCAAGAAAUAUCUCUAGCAAUGCAUCAUUACAUUUCUCAGUACAAUUAUUCCAUUCAUGUAAAUGAGCUUUCGCUUGAAAUUUAUUGCAAAUUAUUUGAUGUGGAAAUCCAUCUAGAAUGAUGAAAAAAAAAGGAAUGUACCAGUACUCUUAUUGCAGAGUAGUUAAGUACAGUAUUCCUUCAAGGAUUGUAUUUUUGUAUUUUAUAUAGAGUCUACCAUGUAUUAGAAAAUGCUAAUGAACACAACUGUUUAAGAGAUAAUUCAGUGCAUCAUUGUAGUAUGCUGGCAUGUAUAUAUCAAUGCAAAACUUAUAUACUCGGUAAGAUUUCAUUAUUAUCAUACAUUUAAAUUAUCUCGAAUCCUGGUGAUAGAAUUAGCUUGCAAGAGAAACAGGUUUGAUCAGUCUUUUUUCUGAAUUCUUUUAUCAUAUCUAGUAAAUGUAUUAUAUGCUUGGAGUCAUCUGCGGGAGUAAGUAAAUAAAUACUGGUGACGGUAAAUGCAUAAAUA